AUGGCCUCGAACUACACCCUAACCGCCGAGCUACCGGCCACGCGCAAAUCACUCGAUCGCAGCGGCAACCAAACCACGCAACACAACCCCCUUCCUACGACCACACAAAACCAGCUUGGAGCAGAGGAGAGGCUAUCCGUCAACCCACACUCGGCUUGGGCUAAACCGGCGCCCACCGCCAACAACGCAGACACAACCAUCCGUCGCGACCUCUCCCUUCGCAGAGGAGGCUCGCGUCAUGCACCUAAGCAACCAACCUUGAAGUCGGAAUUCGACUCCUCUUCGGAUCCAGUCUACGACGAUCGAGGAUACCUCGUUCUCCCUGGUACAACAAGCCCUUCUGUACCGGAUGAAAGGUUUGGCCUUACCUCUCGGCCUUUCUCGCUUAAUAAGGAGAAUGAUUUGGGUCGACCUAAUCGUUCUGCUCGUCUAGCGUACUUGGAAGGAGUGAGGGGGAUCUUGGGGUUACAGGUAUUGAUUUGGACCUUCUUCCGCUUGUUCGCUCCGGCAGUGGUUGCAGACAGGGACAUGGACGGAGUUUAUCCAGCCUCAUUCCUUUCCGUUGCACCCGCCUGGCAGACUGUACUGCGAAAAGUCCUCUCCCCACUUCUAUUCGACGGAGAACUGCAAGCAGCAUUCUUCGUCAUCCUCUCUGGUCGAGGCAGCCUGCAGACAUUCAUCGAACGGCGAGUAGCUACGGGACUCGCAGGACCUGCGUUUAAACGCCCCUUGCGCUUUCUCAUCCCCGUUGUCGUCACCCUUUCCCUAGUUACGCUUGUCAUCGGCGUGAACGGAUUCCGUUACGCAUCAGAGCUUUCGACAACAUUGCAAAACCAAGCCGCACUGCCACCCGCACAGUGGACCUCCGCCCUGGAAUUCUUCAAUUCGAUCUUCUUCUUCUUUUCCACGCCUACAUACUACAAAACUGCCCGCGCUACGCUCUUCAUCCCCCCUGGCGCCACACUUUGGAUCAUCCCCGUGCUAUUCCAACAGACAUACGUUUUAAUCAUCCUAGCUUUCACCCUACCCUACACAGUACUAAGGUACAAGAACCUCGGAAUGAUCCUUCUAAUCCUCACUACUGCCUGGGUGGGUAAAUGGAGCUGGUAUACCCUAACAGGCCUACUAUUCGCUGAAUGGAGUACAAUCUACCUGCAACUGCUGCCUAAAAAGGGCAUUCCUAUCAACCGACAAGGUUCCCGCCACUGCCCAACUUGGGUCCCUGGAGCUGUGUUCCUCUUUGGGGGCACUUUGCUCAAGUAUUUGUGCAUUGCUGCAUUCCCAGAAGCUGCAAAUAGAGAAUAUAUCGCACACGUAGAUGGAAAUACUGGCAAACUCAACUAUUCUCUUGAUCCUGCUCAAGUUGCUUACCCGCGCUAUGAUAACUGGCUUGUAGCAACCGGAGUUCUUUACCUUAUCGAAAUUUCCCCCGCUACCAAACGUAUUCUAAGCAGCAAACCACUAGCGUACAUGGGAAGGUGGAGUUUCAGCAUCACACUGAUUACAGCUACUUUAAUGUUAUCUUUGGGAAGUCUAUUGAGACAUCAUUUGGUGCAAACACUCGGUUGGACAGGUGAAGGUCGUAUCCUGGCCCUCUUGUUCGUAGUAUUAAUCCCAGCAAGUGUCGUACUGGCAGAAGUGUAUAGUCGGAUUGUGGACGAUGCUGGGUUGUGGGUCGCUAAUUGGAUGUUCAAAUGGAUCCGUGUCUAG